AAAAGAAAAGUUUCUUUCUAGAAUGUCGAACUUUGUAGGCCAUAUUUUAAGCGACAUUUAGUCAGAGAGACGGCGGUUUAAAAUCGAAAAGAAACAGGACAAACUAUUAUCCGGGAAACGUGGUUUUAAUUCUCUUCCCUCCCUCCUCGAAGCAAAGAUUCUCCAUCCCUUGUCUGAUCUUGAUCAAAAAAUAAUAUUUUGAUCGAACAAUCCAGAUUCAUCCUCUGUAUUCGCCGACGUAGGAUCCGCCGCAGCAGAUCUCCACCAACCAAGAGAGCUUCACCUACUACCACUUUCCUCGCUCCUUCCGCCAUUUCUCUUCCUCUGUUCUCUUAUUUAUACCCCCUCCCAUUCCCCAUCUUCUUCUUCAAACCCCAAUUCUUCAUUUCUGCAACAACAAAAAAACUCUGUUUUUGUGUGUAUAAUGGGCAGCAUUCAGGCAGAUAGAACAGUGACGGGAUUUGCCGCGAGAGACCCAUCUGGGUUUCUCUCUCCCUAUACUUACACACUCAGAGAAACAGGGCCGGAGGAUGUUUAUAUCAGAGUAAUUUGCUGUGGGUUGUGCCAUACUGACAUUCAUCAGGUCAAGAAUGACCUCGGCAUGUCCAAUUAUCCCAUGGUUCCUGGGCACGAAGUGGUGGGGGAGGUGAUGGAGAUUGGGAAGAAUGUGGAGAGAUUCAGAGUGAAGGAUAUUGUGGGAGUUGGGUGCAUUGUAGGAUCCUGCAAAAGCUGUCUGCGCUGUGAGACUGAUCGAGAGCAAUAUUGCAACAACAGGAUCUGGACCAACAACGAUGUCUACACCGAUGGCAAGCCCACCCAAGGCGGCUUUGCCACCGCCAUGGUCGUCGACCAAAGGUUUGUGGUGAAAAUCCCAGAUGGGAUGGCGGCGGAGCAGGCGGCGGGGCUGCUAUGCGCGGGGGUGACGGUGUACAGCCCGCUGAACCACUUUGGGCUGAAGGGGAGCGGGCUGAGGGGAGGGAUUUUGGGGCUGGGCGGCGUGGGGCACAUGGGGGUGAAGCUAGCCAAGGCAUUGGGCCACCAUGUCACAGUCAUAAGCUCAUCCGACAAGAAGAGACAAGAAGCCAUCGACCACCUCGGUGCCGACGACUACCUCGUCAGCUCUGACCUCGGCCGGAUGCAGCAGGCCGCCGACUCUCUCGAUUACAUCAUUGACACCGUCCCGGCGCUUCACCCUCUCGAGCCUUAUCUUUCUUUGCUAAAACUCGACGGGAAGUUGAUCUUGCUUGGUGUCGUCAAUAAUCCUUUGCAGUUCGUCUCCCCCAUGGUCAUUCUUGGGAGGAAGACGAUAACGGGGAGCUUCAUAGGGAGCAUGAAGGAGACGCAGGAGGUAUUGGAGUUCUUCAAAGAGAAGGAACUGAGCUCGAUGGUGGAAGUGGUGAAGAUGGAUUACAUAAACAAAGCCAUGGAGAGGUUGGAGAAGAAUGAUGUUAGAUACAGGUUCGUGGUGGAUGUUGAAGGAAGCAAGUUUUAGUUGCUGAUUCUGAUUCUGAUUUUGAUUCUUAAACGUGGCGGCCAUGCGCAGCUGCUUUAUUCUCCUUAGCCUGCUGAAUCUUCAGUCUUUUAUCUGCUUUUUAUGAAUUGUUAUAGAAACUUGAGCUGUUUUUUGGUAUAAUUUUGAUGUGAAGUUCAGAUAUAUUGUUAAUCACUUUAUACUUUCAAAAAGAAACUAAAAGACCAAAAUGAUUGUGUUUUUCUCUUGUGAAGAAAAGAGAAUGCAUUAAGAACUCGCCAAUAUGAGGUACAUUAAAUGAAAGUUCUAUUAAUGGAA